AUGGGAGGUGGGCAUUCAUUAACUCCUGAAUCUCUAGAAGUGCUAGCGUUGAAUGAAGAAAAAUCACACACAAUUGCAGAGCUCAGAGACAGAAAGAAGAAUAUUUAUGUCAAAAUGCUUAAAAGAGUGCUUCAGGAAAGUGAUAAAGCAAAAAAAUCAGAAGUGAAUUUGUGGAUGAUGCCGGACUCAGCGGUGCUUACUAUCGUGAUGUUUUUGGCUGGAGAGUAUAAAAUACUUAUUUCUGUUUCUCCUUACUGGUAUUUUAAAAUCAAGGAGGUUUUGGACGCUACUUUUAGUUCGAUUGAAAGCCAUUUCGCCUUGACACAUUCUCAUCUUUUUAUAUUUAAACGAAGUUUCUUAUACUCAGGGAAAAUAGCGGUGAGCAGCAAGCAUGGGAUUAGAGUUGAUAGGAUUAUGGUUGCUGAGCCUUUACCAAUUUUAGCAAAUCACACAGUUAAACUAAGAUAUACGUAUCGAACUUAUACGUCACAUCAAAAUUACAAGGCGGAAUUCAAAUUAGACUGUAUUCCAAAAGGAAAUAAAGCUGUUUGAUUGCAUAGGGAUGAGUCAAGAGGUAAUGAGGAUACUAAAAUUUAUGCUUAUUCUCAGCAAAUUCCGUUAGUUUGUGUAGGUGAUAAUAUUGAAUUUGCGAUUAAUUGAUAUAAUCUGCAAGGACUGCUAAGAUUUGAAACUAUCCAAUGGCAACCCCCUUUGAUACAAGAUACUAGAGCAAUUAAGAAGUCACAUAAUCUAGCUCCAGAGUAUCCACCAAGCUACUUUGAAGAAAAUGAAGGAAUAUCAAAAAAAAUGUAUUUAUAUAACGUAAACAGAGUCUGUGAUGUAGAACUGGGUCAAACUGAGUGAUAUGACUCAAAAUAUUACUUUAAAACAGAAAAUAUUUACUUUUAUGAUCAUUUUUUGCCAUUUUUGAGGCUGAUCAAGAGUCAAUUUACAGGAGUUGAUGUGAAUGUCUCGAAACACACCUAUAGAGCUGAAAAAGAAGGCAUUGUCCCUAACAGUAUGGAUUUAAUUGGAAUAGGAAUUGAAAUCCACAAUAAAAAUGGCGAAAUCACGAAUGAGCUGAAAAGAAUGGGGCUGCUUUAUGACAGGCAUUGUUCCUUGCAUCUGAAAAUUGGCGAUACUCUUGUUCUUUAUAUUAGUAAAGGAGGGUAG